AUGCUCUUCAUGGCCAAGUUCCAUCUGUUGGCCUUUGGCAUCGUUUCAUGGUGCCUGGCUGCCGAAGAUGACUCUUCGUGCACAAACAGACUGGAUUUGCCGGAUGUCUCUUUUUUGCAGGUGCAGCAGAACUUGACAGUUCAGACAGUUCCUGCACGACACCACCCGACCUGGCCAGCGAUGUUGGUCGACAACAUCAACCAAGCUUGGGGUGGCCAGCUUCUGCAGGUGAGUUCCAGCGUGCAGUCCUCUACUGCAUUCGGCACGGUGUUCCUGGACAUCAUGGUCAUCGUGGUCAUCAUCGGGUCACAGAGUGGGGGCAUCAUGCUGCUGAACGUGGUGACCAUGCUCUUCGGCAGCAACCAAGUGCUGAUCAAGACCCUGGAGACGGAUGACGGGACCGAUGCCAUCGACAGCUUCCUGUGCAUGGGCCUCCGCUUCGGAUUCGGCGCCCUCGCGCUGGGGGCCUUCACGUUAUUCAAGCGGGAGGAGCCCCCACCAGAUCACUCUCCAGAGGCCUCACCCUCGCCAAGGUCGAAGGCAGAUGGGACCAAGGCUGGCUUGGAGCUCUCAGUGUGGCUCUUCCUGGGCUUCGCGACGCAGGCGGUGGGCCUGCAAUACACUUCCGCCUCCAGCGGAGCUCUGCUGGGCAGUUUGACCAUUGUGCUGGUGCCGCUGCUCAGCUUGCUGGACGGGCGCCACAUAGACCGGCUGACCUGGGGCUCGGUGUGCCUCGCCAUGGUGGGCACGGCGCUCUUCGUGGGGCCCAAAGCCAUCUCCGGGGAUCUCGUCAGCCGGGGCGACGUCUUGGAGAUGGGCAGCGCGGCGCUGUUCGCGGUGCAGAUCUGGCGCUGUGAGCGGUUGAUCCGCCUGGUGCCGGAGAAUGAGGUGGCGCCCUUGACUUGCCUGCAGCUGGCGCUGGUCUCGUGCUUCUCCUGGCUUUGCUUCUUCGCGGAGGGCCACAGCCUGCCGAGCGCGCUGCGGACCGUGUCGGCCUUCCCCGCAGGCGAGUGGGCGAAGAUCUUGGCGGUGGGCGUGGUGACUACCGGCUUCUGCAUUUGGGCGGAGUCCAAGGCGCUGCGGGAGGUGGACGCCACGGUGGCCGCCCUGAUUUAUGCCCUCGAGCCAGUCUGGGGCGCCAUCUUCGCAUACGUUUGGCUAGGCGAGACCCUGGACGGCCCCUACGCGAUGUCCGGCGCGGCCUUCCUGCUGUUGGCGUCACUGGCAGGCGUCAUGGCGUCCAACAUGUCGGACGAAGGCUCCUACGUCUACGUGGAUGCCAGGGCGACCUGCGCGGGUUCACCUAAAAUGAGAUCGCCAUGA